AUGCAGGAUUUCAGAUACGCGAAAGUAUCUCUUUUCGCCGUAAUUGUCAAUUUGAUGAUAUUUGGUUUGUCAGCGCACUCUAUUUCGCCGCGUGGACGUCGUUUUCACACUUCAUACAUAUGGACAGCCUAUUCAAUAACUAUAACGCUCCUGUUCACAAUGUCAUAUGGCCGCAGUGUAUUUGAAGAUUAUCUAACAAACAAAUUUGAUUUGAAAAAUGCCGCUAAAUUACAUAGUUAUAUGAAUAUCACCGCUAGCCUGGUAAACUACCUGACGGCACUCAUACUAUCACGCGUGUUUGUGCGCUUUCUGAACAGCGUACCGCUAUUUGAAAUUAUGCAGUUCUUCGAUGUCAGCCCAAAAAUGGUGAUGCUAUCCAUCAGAUUAGUGGUGCUCAAAGCCAUACUAAUACCAAUAAUGCAUGAAGUGACUUUGAUAUUGCAGCAAAUACACAAUGAUCCCGAUAAGAAUAUCGCAUGGACGUUAUAUACGCUCUUGCCUAUGCUAAUUGCACAAAUGUUUCCCAACCUCUACUUUGGCACUUUAGUUAUAUGCAAAAUGCUUGUGACAGUAUUGAAUGAGCAUUUGAAUGAAAUUGUGAAUGAGGUCAACUGGAUGCAGAGCGCACUGCAAAUUCCUUUGCACAAACCAUACUACCGCAUGCAGCGCUUUUGCACACUAGCCGAUCGUUUGGAUUUACUUGCGCAAAAAUACAAUAUCAUUUGUGAGAAGACAACAAAAUAUUUGCAAUUACUUUCUGCGCCAUUACUUUGCUCUUUGCUGUGCAAUUUGUGCGGCAUAACAGCGGGUUGCUUUUCACAAUAUUUGUCAAUUGCCGAUACGUUGGUUAACAAUGAGCCCUAUGACUAUUUCAAGGCCAUAACGAAUGCUAUAUUUUUGGCGAUAUGCGUGAUUGAAGUGCUAUUGCAAGGCCACAUUUGUGAUGACAACCGGCUGAUGGUGCAAGAAACGGGCCUAAUACUGCAGCGCAUCAACCUCACACACGCCGACAUACGUUUCAAGCAAUCAGUAGAGCACUUUUCUUUGCUUGUGCUGGCGAUAGACUAUAAAAUUCAACCGCUCGGCUUGUUAGAAAUAAAUAUUUCGAUAGUUCAAGAUGUACUAUCGGCGGUCGCGAGUUUUCUACUAAUAUUUAUCCAGAGCGAUCUUACGCUGCGCUUUUCACUGAUGUAAAAAUUGUGUUUGACUUACCUGACUGAACUGCAUGAGGUUA